AUGCGAUGUUAUACCUUCGAGUUACUUCGAACUGAAUAUGCGCAAAUCCGCUCGCGGCGUCGCCUUGCCGCGACACGCUGCCACCUCACGCCACCGCGAUCGCGCUGGCCGCGCCACACACUGCGGGCCCUCGUGCUCCACCCAAUAUCCACUUUCCACUGCCCGCUUCCUUUUCCGCCUCCCGAUCUCGCCUUAUGCCUCUCGUUCUUCCCUUCGGGCCUCCCGUUCUCCCCUUACCGCCUCCCUGCAUCCCCGUGUCCCCAUAAUCUCCCCAUCCCAACCCCAUUCCACCACAUCCCUACCUGCAUCUUCCCUUCCCUCCCUUCCCUGCCUUCCCUUCCUUACCUUCCUUACCUUCCUUACCUUCCUUACCUUCCUUACCUUCCUUACCUUCCUUACCUUCCUUUUUCUCCCUUCUAUGCCUUCCCUGCCUUCCCUGCCUUCCCUGCCUACCCUCCCUUCACUCCCUUCCCUCGCUUCCCUGACUCCCUGCCUUCCCUGCCUUCCAUCGCUUCCCUCCCAUCCCGUUCUUCCCUUCCCGCAUCCCCAUUUUCCCUUUCUGCCUUCCCAUUCCCCUUCCCGCCUCCCCAUCUUCCCUCCCUUCUCUCCGUUCCCUCCCUUCUCUCCCUUCUCUCCGUUCCCUCCCUUCCCUCCCUUCUCUCCGCUCCCUCCCUUUCCCUCCCUUCUCUCCCUUCCCCCCCUUCUCUCCCUUCCGGCCCUUCUCUCCCUUCCCUACCUUCUCUCCCUUCCCUCUCUUCCCUCCCUUCCCUCUCCCUUGUCUCCCUUCCCUCCUUUCUCUUCCUUCCCUCCCUUCCCCCCUUCCCUCCGUUCCCUCUGUUCCCUCCUUUCUCUCCCUUCUCUCCCUUCCCUCCCUUCUCUCCCUUCCCUCCCUUCUCUCCCUUUCCUCCCUUCUCUCUCUUCCCUCCCUUCUCUCCCUUCCCUCCCUUCCCUCCCUUCUCUCCCUUCCCUCCCUUCCCUCCCGCCUCCCCAUCUUCUCAACCCCUCUUCCCUUCCCCUCCUUGCAUCCCCAUCUUCCCGCCCUGCAUACCUCUCUCCCCUCCCUGCAUCCCCAUCUCCCCUCCCUGCAUCCUCUGUAAACCUUUCCCUGCUUCUCCUCACUUCUCCCCCGCCCCCUCCUGCCUCUCAUCAUUUUCUCCCCUGCUUCCCCUCAUUUCCCUUCCUCACUGUGCCCUCCGCAGGCCUCCCUGCUAUACUAUUCCCUCUUGUUACCUUCCCUGCCGUCCCCCCUACGAUGGAAGCGAUCUCAAUGUGCUUCUCCUCACUUCUCCAUCUGAUUCCCCUCACCCUCCCCCCCGACCUGAUUCCUCUCAUUUCUCCCGCUGA